AUGGCGACGUUCAGCAAGACGACGUUUGACGCGGCGUCGUACCUCGCCUUUCGACCGAGCUACCCGCGGUGGACAUACACCAAGCUGCUCGCAUACCACUUUGGUCGGCUGCCCAGUGCAUCCUCGCCGCCGCCAUCGCCACCGCCGGCGCCUUCGGCCGGCAGCUCGCCGACGGUAGCCCUCGACCUCGGAUGCGGGCCGGGCAUCUCGACGCUGGCGCUGCUGCCCCAUUUCGACCGCGUCAUCGGCCUCGACCCGUCCAAGAAGAUGGUCGACGCCGCCAUCCGCCCCGAGUCGUCGUCGAUCCCCGCCGAACUCAGGUCCGACGCCAACGAGGGCGGACGCGGCAGGCUGGGCACGCUCGAGUACCGCCAGGGCACGGCCGAGGAGCUCGACUUUCUCCCCGAGCAGAGCGUCGACCUCAUCGCGGCGGGACAGGCUGCGCACUGGUUCAAGUACGACCGCCUGUGGCCUGCGCUCUCGCGCGUGCUCAAGCCCGGCGGCAGCGUGUGCUUCUGGGGAUACCCAGACAUGUACCUGCCCGACUACCCGUCGACGCGACCGGCAGUCCUCGAGUGGGCCGUGGGUCCGUCCUCGUCGCCCGGGGACGGCAGCGGCACCACCGCGGCCGAGUCCAUCGGCCCGUACUGGGAGCAGCCGGGGCGCUCAAUCAUCAGCAACUGCUUCGCCGACAUCCCCUUUCCGACGGCGCCCGAGUGGGACCAGGCCACGGCCAUCCGCCGCGUCUUUUCGACCGAGGGCCUGCUGCCGGAGCAGAUCCCCGCCCGCUGGCCGCCGCAGGCGUCGCCGGGCUCACCGCGUCCGGACACGGCGUCGCUGAGCGCCGAGGCGCGCGCCGAGCUCGAGACGCCGGGCAACCUGGAAAAGUCGAUGACGUGGGAGAUGAUGUCGAGCUACCUGCACACGUGGUCCUCGGUGCACAACUUCCUCGAAGAGCAUCCGGGCGACCGCGACGACCCGAGGGGCGACGUCGUGGAGCGCUUUCUCAGACGUCUCCGCGACGAGAUCGGGCGCGGCGAGCGGGGCGGGCGGAUCCCAGAGCGCGUCACGCUGCGGUGGCCGGUGGGCUUCCUGUUUGUCAAGAAGGCGGCUGCUGCGUGA